AUGACAACCACCAGCAAAGACAUCAAGACCCCAACCACCAUGGCCGCCGGGAAUAUGUACGAAACUACUGGGGGUCUGGAAAAGUCCGAUUACGAUGAACAGUAUUCUAAUGAAGAAUGUGAAAUAAAAAUCGAAGAGGAAGACAUCUACAAGCGAAUCACUAAAAGAGAAGCAGACGAGAACAAUAUUAAUUUCGAUGGCCAAUCAACGAAAAUUUUGAUGAGGCAGUAUAGUGAUUCAGCCAACGUUGAUGAGCAACUGAAAUUGAAGGAGCGUAAAUGUGAUUUCACUACUUGUCUCCUAUGCGAUUAUGCCGCGAAACGAAGAGGUUACUUGAAGGUUCAUAUUGAAAAUGUUCAUAUGAAUCUAAAAAAAGACCAGUGCGCUAUGUGCGAUUAUAAAACAUGCGUCAAAAACAGCUUGAAAAUGCACAUAAGCUCCGUGCAUUUGCAGCUCAAACAAUUCAAGUGCGAUUCGUGUGAGUAUAUCGCAAAACGGAAAUGCACCCUUAGAGACCACGUGGAAGCAGUGCACUUGAACUUGAAAAAUCAUAGGUGUGAGAAAUGUCCAUACUCUACGCAACGAAAAACAACGUUGAAUGAUCACAUAUGA